AUGCCUAGGAAAUCUAAUGAUUUUGUUGUUGAAUGGAAAGUAAAGUAUGGAAUUGAAAAAGUUGUUAAUUACUCUAAAUUGUCUGUUGAAAACCAUUGUUUUGCUACUAGUCUAAAUAAAAGUGUAGAACCAAAGUCUUAUUUUGAGGCUGUUAAGGACCCUAAUUGGAUUUCAGCAAUUAAUGAGGAAAUAAAGGCUCUUAAUAGGAACCAAACUUGGGAUCUUGUUCCAUUACCUAAAGGCAGAACCCUUGUUGGGUGUAAAUGGAUUUAUAAGAUUAAAUAUAAGUCUAGUGGUGAAAUUGAAAGAUCCAAAGCUAGGUUAGUUGCAAAAGGUUAUAGUCAAAAGGAAGGUGUUGACUUUGAAGAAACUUUUGCACCUUGUGGUAAAAAUGAGUAUUGUUAG